AAUAUCCAUGGGCGCCAACCAAUUUCACUACACCGUCUUUAAAUCCUGAACGAAAAAGAUACGUUUUCCCGGCCCCCUCUCAGCUCCUGUCCGAGCCGUCCGCCUCACAAAGGAUUUGCAGACGUUCGGGAAUUCCGCGUUUCAUUCCUUUUUUUAGAGCAGGAUAGGCCCGCCCCUUUCUUCAUUUGUCAACACAAAGAGGAUUUGACAACACUGCGAAAGGACCGCCCAUCAUGCCCAAAUAAGGUUAAUUUGCCCAUACACGGCAAACAAUCGAUUUGAGUGUAACAUUUUCCCUUCCUUAUCCCGUUUAUAUGGUAGGUUCACUUCCGCCGUUGAUGUUAAAGCAGUGCUAUCAUGGCGGAGCGCGUUCAGCAGCCCCCAGCCAAACGGCUCUGCUGUAGACCGGGUUAUAAUACGAAUUGUAGACAGGGACAACGGGCCGGGGGUACGUUAUGUGGCGGUUCGGGUGCGGCCCAAGGUGGGUCGAGCAAAACCCUGAGUCCGGAGUCUCUGUUGGAUAUCUCGGCCCGGAAAGUGGCCGAGAAGUGGCCGUUUCAACGGGUAGAGGAGCGUUUUGAACGGAUCCCGGAGCCUGUACAGAGAAGGAUCGUUUACUGGUCGUUCCCCAGGAGUGAACGGGAGAUCUGCAUGUAUUCUUCGUUCAAUACGGGGGGAGAGGACAGUGGAACUAGCGGGGAAAAUAGUGAUGAGACGCGGCUGCCUUUCAGACGAGGUAUCGCUCUGUUGGAGAGCGGCUGUGUGGACAACGUAUUGCAAGUCGGGUUCCACCUCAGUGGAACGGUAACAGAACCGGCCACAGCGUCGGAACCCGAGCUCGUCUGCAGUGUGAGUGUCAGCUUCGACCGCUGCAAGAUCACCGCAGUAACGUGCGGCUGCGGCAACAAGGACAUAUUCUACUGUGCCCACGUUGUAGCGCUGGCCCUGUACCGCGUACGGAAGCCCGAGCAGGUCAAACUACACCUGCCCAUCUCAGAGACUCUGUUCCAGAUGAAUAGAGACCAGCUGCAGAAGUUUGUCCAGUACCUGAUAACAGUACACCACACCGAGGUGUUGCCCACUGCUCAGAAACUAGCUGAUGAGAUUCUGUCUACCAACUCUGAGAUCAACCAGGUCCACGGGGCCCCGGACCCCACGGCAGGGGCCAGUGUAGAUGAUGAGAACUGUUGGCACCUGGAUGAGGAGCAGGUUCAGGAGCAGGUGAAACUCUUCCUCUCACAGGGAGGUUACCACGGCUCUGGGAAACAACUCAACCUUCUCUUCAGCAAGGUGAGAGAGAUGUUGAAGAUGCGUGACUCCAACGGUGCCAGAAUGUUAACGCUGAUCACAGAACAGUUUAUGGGCGACCCUCGCCUGGCUCUGUGGAGACAACAGGGAACCACCAUGACUGACAAAUACAGACAGCUGUGGGAUGAGCUAGGUGCCCUGUGGAUGUGUAUUGUGCUCAACCCCCACUGUAAGUCGGAGCAGAAGUGUGUGUGGCUGAGACAGCUGAGACGGUGGAACGGUGUUGACGUGUGUCCCUGGGAGGACGGAAACCACGGAAACGAACUGCCGAACCUCACACACGCACUGCCGCACGGCAACCCAGACUCGUCGUCUCGUCCUCACAGGACAGUGUUUACGAGGGCCAUCGAGGCCUGCGACCUGCACUGGCAGGACACGCACCUGCAGCGCAUCAUCACACAUGACCUUUACACGCACUCACACGCACACUGUCACCACGACAACCAUGGCAGUGCAGGGGCACUGUUCGACGCCCGUGGCUGGCCCCUCUGGCAUGAGCACAUCCCUACAGCGUGUGCGAGGGUGGAUGCGCUGCGGUCACAUGGUUAUCCCAGGGAGGCCUUGCUGUUGGCCAUCGCUAUCGUCAACACUCUCAUACGGCAGCAACAGAAACAUCUUGAGCUCUUCCGCAGCCACAAAAAAGAGCUGCUCCAUAAAGGCAUGACAUCUGUCACCAACAUGGAGGGCUGGGUGGGACACCCCCUGGACCCUAUAGGCACUCUGUUCAGCACCUUACUGGACACGGGACGGGGAGACGAGGAGGGGCGCAACGCCUUCCUAGACUUCUCAGGCUCUGUGAGUUCAGCCAAAAGGUCGGAGACCCACCACUUCCCAGCACAACGCUUACUGGACGAUGGCCAAUCGUUCGUAGCACUAGCCGUAGAGACUGCUCUGAUCGGCUUAGGGCAACAGAGGGUGAUGCCCGACGGCCUAUAUGCCCAGGAGAAGGUGUGUCGCAACGAAGAGCAGCUAUUGGCCAAGCUCCAGGAAGUGGAACUGGACGACGCACUGGUCAAGAUCUUCCGCAAGCAAGCAAUCUUCCUGCUAGAAGCUGGUCCAUACAGUGGUCUAGGAGAGUUGCUCUACAGAGAGAGUGUUCCCAUGCAUACCUUUGCCAAGUAUCUCUUCACCUCCCUACUACCUCACGACACAGAACUGGCGUACAAAAUUGCACUGAGAGCCAUGAGGUUACCGGUCCUGGAAUCCAUGGCUCCAUCAGGUGAUUUGUCCAGACCUCACCAUAUAGUGUCAAUGGUCCCAAAUCGCUACCCUCGCUGGUUCACUCUGUCUCACAUAGAGUCACAACAAUGUGAACUGGCCUCCACCAUGCUCACCGCAGCUAAAGGCGACGGGCGUAAGUUAGAAACGGUGUUAGAGUCCAUCCAGAAGAACAUCCACUCCUCGUCUCACAUCUUCAAACUGGCUCAGGACGCCUUCAAGAUCGCUACUCUGAUGGACAGUCUACCGGACAUCACACUGCUCAAGGUCUCACUGGAGCUGGGUCUUCAGGUGAUGAGAAUGACUCUGUCCACGUUGAACUGGAGGAGGAGAGAGAUGGUACGGUGGCUUGUCACCUGUGCCACAGAAGUUGGUGUGUAUGCGUUGGAUAGCAUCAUGCAGAGUUGGUUCACCCUGUUCACCCCGACCGAGGCCACAAGCAUCGUUGCCACCACCGUCAUGUCCAACACCACCAUCGUCCGCCUGCACCUGGACUGUCACCAGCAGGAGAACCUGGCCUCCUCCGCCCGGACCCUGGCCCUGCAGUGUACCAUGAAGGACCCCCAGAACUGUGCCCUCUCUGCCCUCACGCUCUGCGAGAAGGACCACAUCGCCUUCGAGACAGCCUACCAGAUCGUCCUGGACGCGGCCGUCACGGGGAUGAGCUACACACAGCUCUUUACAAUAGCCAGGUACAUGGAGCACAGAGGAUAUCCCAUGAGGGCUUACAAGCUGGCCACGCUAGCCAUGGCCCACCUUAACCUCAGCUACAACCAGGACACCCACCCGGCUAUCAACGACGUGCUGUGGGCCUGCGCUCUGAGCCACUCUCUGGGGAAGAACGAGCUGACUGCCGUCAUCCCCCUGGUGGUGAAGAGCGUGAAGUGCGCCACUGUACUGUCAGACAUUUUGAGACGGUGCACGUUGACCACGCCGGGCAUGGUGGCGCUGCACAGCCGCAGGAACUCUGGGAAGCUGAUGUCGCUGGACAAGGCGCCGCUCAGGCAGCUGCUGGACGCCACUAUCGGGGCCUACAUCAACACCACGCACUCUCGCCUCACGCACAUCAGCCCGCGCCACUACAGCGAGUUCAUCGAGUUCCUCAGUAAGGCCAGAGAGACGUUCCUCAUGGCCCAGGACGGACACAUCCAGUUUACCCAGUUCAUAGACAACCUUAAACAGAUCUACAAGGGCAAGAAGAAACUCAUGAUGCUCGUACGGGAGAGGUUCGGUUGACGAAAGACUAAACGUUUAAAAAAAACUUUUGUGAUUGGUCGACGACGGAUCUAUUGAGGUGAAGAGAUGGAGAGCGAUCACGCCCCCUUUUACUUGAUCCCGCCUUUGUAUCCUUUUGUAACUUAAAAAGUGACGGAAAAAAUGGAAAAUGGAAAGAAAAAACAGAAAACAAGAAAAACGAAACGACUAAAAACAAACAAUAAAAAAAGCCACAUCGGUAUUAAUGUGUAUAUAGACCCUAUUUAGUUCACAAACAAACAAAAAAAGAACAUUUGUUGAGUGUGUGUGUGUGUGUGUGUGUGUGUGUGUGUGUGUGUGUGUGUGUGUGUGUGUGUGUGUGUGUGUGUGUGUGUGUGUGUGUGUGUGUGUGUGUGUGUCCCUUUAUAUGUAUGAAGGAGAAGUGUGAGAGAGAGAGAAAUACAAUCUUUUGGUUUCCACUGAGUAUAUGUUGUCCAGUGGCGAGAUGUCCUCAUAGCACUCCUGUUCCCCUUCUGUUGAAAGCUCACAGAGACAAACACGGCUUAAACCAAACGGAGCAACUCCAUCAGACGUGACAAGUACCUCGUACGGACCCAGCUUUACUCCCCCCUUGUCCUCACCACUCAGUGUAGUCAAAGUGUGCAAACGGUAGAAGUAAAAGAACAACACAAACAAACCGUUCACAUUUCUUGUUUUUCCUUUUAUUUACUGUUUUUGUUUCUUGAGUAACAGUGAUCACCAACUCCAGUCUGACUGUCUGCCAUGGCUUUGCAGUGUUGUUCACCCUGAUGCUACACACACACACACACACACACACACACACACACACACACACACACACACACACUAAACAAGCAAAUAAACACAGAAAAACACACCCACACUCAGAAACACUGUAAACACACCCUUGCAGAAAACACACACUUAUACUGUCAUAGUGCUUGCGCUUGUGGAAACUUAGCAACUGUCAACAUACAUUCUCAGGGAUUUCUCUAAAAAAAAAAAGGAAAGUGAAAAAAGAAAGAGUGAGAGCAUUUUAUUGUACUGUGUAUAUAUAAUAGUAUAUGUCUGAAUAGUGAAAAACAAAUGUAUACGUUAACUAAUUUAUAAAUAAUAUUCUAUGUAAUGCAAAAUACUUGAAGCUGCAGUACCUUGGUUUUUAUAGCAAAAACAUAUCAGAAGGACAAUUAAAAUGUGUCGCCUUGCGUUGCAUCAUCAGGGGCCAGGACAAAGGUCAAAGGUUAGGGGUCACUUCAGUAGGACUGUUAGCUGGGUGACCCCGCCGAGACAGACAGACUGACACCCACUGGACUGCUUGACAGGAACUGGCUGUUUGCAAAACAGGACAUGGAUGUUGUAUUUUGUAUGGACCAGCAAAAUAUAUAUAUCCUCCAGUUGUAGACACAGUUUCAUUGGGCACCGCAGAAGAAGAGGAGAGAGAGAGAGAGACUUCCCAGGAGCCAGAUCAGUGAGCCUUAGCGUUACAGAUGUCGAACAAGGGCCCAGUGCCUAUGAAGCCGUCAAAUGUAGAUCUGACAAAACCCCUGACUCUUUACUAAUAAUCAGCGUAGAAAUUUGGCCUGACCACGCCUCGUGUCUCCUUCCGCAGUGAUCAAGUUACAAAAAAGAAGCUCCAUUAUAUGCACAACAACCAACCAACAACAUGUACAUGCCUCCACAACCAACCAACCAACUUGUACAACAUGCCUCUUCUGCUGACUCCCUGACUUUGUGCAGGACAGACAGUUGCUAUGUAGGUCUUGACUGUUCCAACUUUUUUUAACGCUUUUUGUUAUUUAUGUUUCUCUCUUUUUGAAUUUUUUAAAUUUCUCUCUAGAAUUCCUCAACGAGAACAGCCUUCUUUCUUGCCUUGUCUUAAUGCUUUAAAACAACCAAACGGGAGUUCUAACUACCAAACUUCGUUCAUUAAAUUUAAAGCCAACCAACUUUGGUUACAACUUUUAGUGUCUUUAAUUUUUAGCUGACUGGUUUUGUGUUCAGUGCUUUGAAAAUCCCUUCUCCUCUGUUUGUUUUUGGGGUGCAGAAACGUUGUCUAGUGUCUCAUGUCCCCUCCUCCCCUAGAGGUUUGUCCGUAGUUCCUUUGUCCAGAGGCGCAAAUAUAAUUCAUAUUCCAUUUUAUUUAUUAUGAUAGGUAAACGAUUGUACUUCUUCAACAGUGUCAGCAUUGCUCAUGAAGUUGAAAUUCAGAUUUGAUACACCGAUAUCAAUUUAUUUAUGUAACUAAAUCACUGUUUUAUAAACUUGUUAAUGAUUCAACUUUUUUUUGUUGUUUUAAUUAAAAUUAGUUUUUUGAGAGGA